AUGGCAGGUCCUCCACAUCCACACGCUUAUAUGGGCUGGUGGGGUAGCAUAGGCUCCCCAAAGCAAAAAUAUAUUACUUCAUAUUCUAUUUCACCAUUUGCUGCUAAACCAUUUAAAGAUGCUGGUUAUAAUGCUAUUUUUAAUACUUUUAGAAGAACUAAAAAUCAAUUCUUAUACGUUGCAAUUCCAUUUGCUGUUAUAUGGUCAAUUUGGGCAAGAGCAAGAGAUUAUAAUGAAUAUUUAUACACCAAAGAAGGUAGAGAAGAAUUAGCAAGAGUUAAUGUUUAA